AUGAUGGACUCGGACCCACUCAGACAUCUCGAGUUCUUCUCAAUGCCAAAUAACCAGACUGUCAACCCCGUUGACCAAGGCUUUUUGAACGUCACGGCAGCCCCCAACCCAGCGCUAUGGGACCCUGGGUUGAACGUUGACACUGCCGGCUUGUCCGUGUCGCCGUCCACGGCGCCCACCAGCCUGUCUCUCGAUUCCGUUACCCAACCACCCCCCGCUAGGGGGCUCACGAACCUCUCGCAACGAGAUCUUGCAGGGUUACCAGGCGGGCAAGGUAGCCAAGUAUUGCCCGCUCGCGGACUCACAUCACGAGAUGGACAUGAGAGGAAGCGCUCACGACUAAGCUCAGAGUCGACUCCGCUGGAUUCGGUCGACUACUGGAUCGAUUUCGAUAAGGACGACACGACCCUGCCCAGCAUUCCGGAAGGUGCAGAAACUGAAAGCAAAACCGUAGGUGGGAGUACCAAGCCUCAGAUGGACAAUCGACCCACCACCACCACGACACAGGCUUCGGCCCCUGCUCCAGCUCCAGUAUUUCCCCAGGCAUUCAAGACCGAAGAGUUUAUCGACGACAGCGCCCUGGAUAAUGCCCUCUCUGAAGAGGACGCGUAUUCAUCGAUCAACCUCACCGACCAACUCUCCAAAGUCGAUUCCGCGCCGCCUCAGGAAGUGCCGCCCCGCCUUUACUCAACCCCACUCAGCUGGGAACAACCGCAGCCGGGGAUACGCAUGGAUUCGUUAAUAGGUCUGAACAGCCAGACCCUGAACGAGGCCGAGCAGAGGCAGCUGAUUGCUAUCGCCAUGAACCCAGGGCCAACGCUGGGAGGGCUGGGCUCGAACAUCAACCUCAACUUCAGUGGGCUGAGCCCAGGCAUGCCCAUGACUUUUGGCGCUGGGGGGAAUGGGCUUGGGAACGUUAAUGUAGCGAAUCGGGUGCAAAGGCAUGUGCUUCCGCAACAGCAGCUUCCCUCUCAGCAACCGCAGCAGCAGCAGCAGCAGCAACAACAACAACAUCAUCAUCAACAACAACAACAACAACAACAACAACAACAACAACAACAACAACAACAACAACAACAAGAGCAGCCACAGCAACAGCAGCAACAGCAGCAACAGCAACAGCAACAGCAGGGGCAGCAGCAGCAUGGGCAACAGCAACAAGGACAGGGACAGCAGGGGCCGCAACAGCAGCAGCAAGGUCAACAACCUCAGCAGCAACAAUCGCAAACGACGACAACAUCAUCGCAGUCUCGCUCGGCGCAGCAGAAUCAGCAAAAGAAGCAAGGAGCGACAGGAGAUAAGCCAAAGCCCAAGGGAGAUCGUACGGCACACAACGACAUUGAACGCAAGUACCGGACGAACCUCAAGGACAAGAUUGCUGAACUGCGCGAUGCGGUGCCGUCUCUGCGGCAGAUGAUGGAGAACGCCGGUGAGGAUGAUGGGACUGGUACAAGGGUUCCCAAAGUCAGCAAGGGCACCGUUCUGACAAAAGCGACUGAGUACAUCCAUUACUUGGAACGGCGCAACAAGCAGAUUGUCCAGGAGCACCGCGAGCUCUCGCGUAAGCUGCAGGCCUUUGAGCAGCUACUGAAUGCGACGGCGCGGUCACAAUACGCCAUGCCGAGCUACAGCAGAACGUUGUUCGACCCAAGAGGUUUUUGCUAG